UAAUAAUAGUAAAUAUAACAACGCAAUCAGGACACAUAUUUUUAGCAAACGUUAAUGAUAAUAAUUUAAUAUAUAUUUACCUUACUAUAAAUUGCAUAAUAACUACCUUCGAAGCAUUACAUUUUCUAAUUUUCCUCGCUUUGUGUGACAAUUCAGACUGAAACAACUAAGGAUAGAACAUAAAGGGUUUCUCUCUAAUAAAAAUGGCGAAUGUUACUUGCCAAAGCGUAGAAAGAUGACAGUUGUCCAAUAUUUUGCUUAGCUUCGUGCCGAUUACUUUUUAUAUGAACGUAUUUAUACAAAGACGUACAUCGAACUUGCCUGUCAAAACAUAUGUCUGAAACGAAGCGAAGCAAAGUUCUAUGGGAAUUGGCCAAAAAAGUUUUGAAACUUUAAAUACAACCCUGAAAGUUCACCACAAAUCCUUAGCUUUAUACACCAUAAGCCAUGAAUAAUUUCUUUGUAAAUUUUCAAUUGUAGUGAUAUAAAAAGCAAAGGCAAAAAACUAAUUACAUAUAUUCCACAAAAUUAAAUACUGUCCCAUUGAAUUGUUGUGAUCUACAUAAAAUAAUGAUAAGAACAAACUUCUUAGAAUAGAUUUUAUUAAAGAAUACUUUAGCUGUGCAAACUAAAUCCCAAGGUGAAGAAAGCUGCAACGACGGGUCAUGUCCUCUUUAUCGGCCUCUGCAGAAAAUGUAUCUAGCGCCGGAGCAGGCGGAGGUAUGGACCAAGGUGCAGGUGCAUCAGACGGAAGCUCCAGUAUGUGUCUGGAGUUAGCACUAGAGGGUGAACGGCUGUGCAAAUCUGGAGACUGCCGUUCAGGUGUGGCAUUCUUUCAAGCAGCUAUUCAAGCUGGCACAAAUGAUUUGCGCACUUUGUCCGCGAUUUAUUCUCAAUUGGGAAACGCGUACUUUUAUUUGGGAGACUAUACCAAAGCCAUGCAAUAUCAUAAACUUGAUCUCACAUUGGCUCGGACCAUGAAUGAUAAGUUGGGCGAGGCUAAGUCGUCGGGAAAUUUAGGAAACACUUUAAAAGUUAUGGGACGAUUUAAUGAAGCAGCUAUUUGUUGCGAUCGUCAUCUGACCUUAGCGCGACAACUUGGGGACAAACUAUCGGAAGGUCGUGCUCUUUAUAAUUUGGGAAACGUGUAUCAUGCAAAAGGAAAACAUAUGGGACAAGGUAAUCCUGGCGACUACGGAGAAGAUGUUCGCGAGGCGUUGAGUAAAGCGGUUGAGUUUUAUCAAGAAAAUUUAAAAUUGAUGAGAGAAUUGGGCGAUCGUAGUGCACAAGGUCGAGCUUGUGGAAACUUGGGCAAUACAUAUUACCUGCUUGGUAAUUUUCAAGCUGCUAUCGAACACCAUCAAGAAAGACUUUGCAUUGCACGAGAAUUUGGCGAUCGUUCUGCUGAACGUCGUGCUAAUAGUAAUUUGGGAAAUUCACAUAUUUUCCUGGGACAAUUUGAAGAAGCAGCGGGUCAUUAUAAAAGAACAUUAGCAUUGGCCAUCGAACUUGGAGAGCGCGAAGUUGAGGCACAAGCAUGCUAUAGUCUUGGAAAUACAUAUACUCUUUUACGGGAAUUCUCAACGGCCAUUGAUUACCAUCAUCGUCAUCUAUCCAUAGCACAAGAGCUGGGAGAUCGUGUUGGAGAAGCCCGUGCUUGUUGGUCUCUUGGUAAUGCACAUUCUGCUAUCGGAAACCAUGAAAAGGCUCUACUGUAUGCAGAAGCUCAUCUUAUACUAGCCGUUGAAUUACAAGAUCCUAUUGGAGAAAGUACAGCCAGAGUUAACAUAUCUGACUUGCGAAAAUUGCUUGGAUUACCUGAUUCACCAAUUGACUAUGAAGAACGUUCAAUUGCAUCAGAUGUUUCAGCCAUUAUUGAUCAACGUUCCGACAGUUCAGGCAGUACACAAAGUCGUAUGGUUCGUGUAAGGCGUCAAAGUAUGGAGCAAUUAGAUUUAAUUAAAAUUACUCCAGAUGGAAAACAUGCGAGUCAAAGUAAUAUAUUAGAUGAAAAACGCGUUCCAAAAGGAAUUGGCACAAAAAACAAGGCACAGGAUGAAGACUUUUUCGAUCUUUUAUCACGCUCGCAAUCAAAACGAAUGGAUGAUCAGCGUUGUUCAAUUAAAAUUGCUAGAAAUACCCCAAAUACAUCAACACUUUUGUCAGGUGGAGCAUCUUCGCUCACAUCUAGUUCAGGUGCCACGCGUAAGCCGUUAGCACAGCAAAACUCCAUAUCCAGCGGUAACGGUGGGGAUGGCAGUGUUGCAAUUAGUGUAAAGCCGUUUCACAAUGCGAAUGCCGCUUCUGGCACCAAUUCGGGACACAACCAUGGGCAUGGGCAGCUAGCACGUAGUGCUACAACUACUCAACAACCUGAUGAUGACUUUUUGGAAAUGUUGGUACGUUGUCAAGGCUCGCGAUUAGAAGAACAACGUUCUGAAUUACCACGAUCGAAUGUCACCAUGGACGUUGAGGCACCGACGCGUGCUAAUGCCGUAGCAGGUAGUCGCUCUGCAGGAGGAAGUAGUAGCGCUGGAGGCACUACCGUGCCUGAUGAGGACUUCUUCUCGUUGAUAAUGAAGGUACAGAGUGGCAGAAUGGAGGAUCAAAGGGCGGCAAUACCUGGGUUUGGUGGUUUUCCUCAACGUAAUGCAGGUAAUGGUGCGGCCGCAAGUGGUACCGUCGAGAAGAUUAAUAAUAACACUAUUAAUCAGAGCAAAAAGUAAAUGCUGUUAUACAUACAUAUGUAUGCAACAUGGUGGAAGUUAUACGUAAAGCAUAAUAUCAUCUGGAUUUUUUAUGCGUUAAUUUCUUACAUUUCUCUGUUUUUAUUAUAUAACAUAACACGAUAUUUUAUAAAAGUUUAGUUCCGGUAUCUCUUGAAGUAAGUUUUCAUGUUCAAGCCGUUAAAGCAUUUAAGGAGAAAUCACUUGCAAGCAGUCGAUACAAAGAUUGAUAUCUUUCAAGUAUUUUCAAGUAUGUUUGCGAGAACAUACAUUUAUACACGCAAAAUAGUUUGUAAUUUUUGUUAGAAUGUUUGCGUAUCGAAAAUUCUUCAUUUAACUUUUAACUCACAAAAUAACCACACUCAAAAUAAUUUAGUUUUCCACAAAUUAUUUUGCAUUUCAAAAGAGACCCGAUUACAGCCACUAAUAGCAUUUACUCAUUCAAAUCAUACAAACAUAAAAUAUUGCGCAAGAUUUUUGACCAUUUGUAGUUACAUCCAUUCAUACCUCUAAACGUAUCCAAAAAAGUUCGUUUUCAGUCCAACCGAAUUAAGUAUUAUGGAAUAAGAAUGAAUCAUACUUUUUAAAUGAAAUUCUGAAGCAGUAUAAAUAUAAUAAUAUUAUUGCAUCAAAUAUAAUACAACAUUUUUACAAAGCUGUAUUGCAAGUUCACAAUUUGACUACCAUUUUAUGAAGUAUUUUAAAUGAAAUGUCAAUACUAUUAAGAAUUUUUACAAACAAAAAAAAACAACAUAACAUACUUAUGUGUUUAGCAAAUGCUCACGAAAGUUUACGAGUUUUGCAUACUUAAAAGCCAAAUUAUUGUAAUAUAAAUUUACUAAAUCUAAAUAAAUAUUAUUUUAUCUAAUAAA